AUGGCGUCUUCUCGGCCGAACCCACAUGCAUCCUUCCAGAUCCCUGACCACAUCAGACGCCAUGUGAAUCCAUUCUAUGGCCGCAGGACCAAUGGAUGUGAUACCUGCGGCUUCAAGCCAGAAAGUACCUCGAACCUAAGUCGUGAGCACGGCCUAAGGACCUGGACCGAUGCUUCCCUAUACUGCAACUUCUGUCAUCUCAUCGUCGCUCUGCAAAAUGAGCUCAAGACAAAGCACGCGAUCGACUUUGCAGACCUUGACAAAGGCAAAAUUGCUGUGUACAGUCGCAACGCUCGCGACGGUCGCAAACAAUUCCUCCUGGGCCCCAAUACGCCAGACAUGAACACGCCUCCAGCUGAGCGGGAGACAAUCUUCUUUUACAACUUUCCCGGUAUGUUGCAAUUCUUUAUGAAGGUUUUCCUGCAAGUGAACUCGGCAUAA